CCCCUGAAUUAGAAAUUCCUUUCUUAGUUGGAACGUUGAAGAUUUAAGGGACAUAAAGGAAUUCCACUUUAUCCUUUUUUUUCCCCAGCUCACGCACACACACGCGCACACCAUUUGGCUUUUAAAACCAAAAACCACCAAAUGGUGCCUUUGCCACUGCCGUUUCCUCCUUAUUCCACACCACACCUUCAAUAUAUGGAAGAAGCACUUUCUCCUUCUAUCACCCACCUACUUUAUCUCCUCCUUCUUUACCUAUGAACCAAUUAAACAACACACUUCAUCACAAAACUUUCUUUAUUCCAUUUCUUCAAACUUAGUUUAUAUAUAUAUAUUAAUCUAUUUCUCUUGUGUCAUGGGGGCUGGUGUUUCUUCAUGUAAUAAAGUUGAAAAAGAAGGAGGAGGGUCUAUUUCUUCAUCAUCAAGAGAUUCAAGACCCGGUCUUGGUGACAUCCCAGAGAGUUGCAUCUCCUCCUUGUUCAUGAAUCUUGAUCCACCCGAUAUUUGCAAAUUAGCAAGAGUGAAUAGGGCCUUUCAUCGAGCUUCCUCAGCUGAUUUUGUAUGGGAAUCGAAGUUGCCCCCGAGCUACAAGUUUCUUGCUAAUAAAGUUCUUGGUGAAGAAAAUAUUGCUACUAUGACUAAGAAAGAGAUUUAUGCAAAACUUUGCCUACCCAAUCGUUUUGACGGUGGCACCAAAGAAGUUUGGUUGGACAAAUGUAGUGGGCAAGUUUGUUUGUUCAUGUCAUCCAAGUCCUUGAAGAUUACAGGAAUAGAUGAUAGAAGAUACUGGAAUUAUAUUCCAACUGAAGAAUCCAGGUUAGGGAUGAAUAGGUUCCAGAGUGUUGCAUAUCUUCAACAAAUGUGGUGGGUUGAAGUGGUGGGGGAGCUAGAGUUUGAAUUCCCUGUGGGGAGUUACAGCUUAAUUUUCAGACUCCAAUUGGGCAAGGCCUCAAAGAGAUUGGGCCGGCGCGUGUGCAACGUUGAUCAAGUGCAUGGCUGGGAUAUCAAGCCCGUCCGAUUCCAACUCUCCACAUCCGACGGCCAGCUUUCACUCUCAGAGUGUUACUUGUGUGGGCCUGGGGAGUGGGUCUACUACCACGUUGGAGAUUUCGUGGUCGAAAAGCCCAAUGAGCCAAUAAAUAUCAAGUUUUCGUUGGCCCAAAUAGAUUGCACUCACACUAAAGGUGGCCUCUGCGUAGAUAGUGCCAUCAUUUGCCCAACGGAGUUCAAAGAAAGACUCAAACAAAGUUAGCUAAUUGUUAUAGUUUACACAGUUUAAUAAUUAUACAAUUGUGUAAAAUAAAAAAAGAAAAAGAGGCAUUGUUUUAUUUUUUUUAACAGAAUUUCGGUAUUAGUAGAAAGUACUCAAGUAGCCCUCGGUUUUAGGUGGGUUUGAGUAUUCUUUUGCAAAUUACGUGUAGUAAUGACGAAUGUAAAAUAAUAAUGCUAACUCGGGCAGUUAUAGAGAGUUUAUUGUUUUUGUUAUAAUAUAACUUCUAAGAAUUUAGUUAUAAUGCAUCAAUAGUAUAAACAUUUUUUCGACCGUUA